AGGGUGGAUCCUGAGGAGCUGUUCACCAAGCUGGAGAGGAUUGGCAAAGGAUCAUUUGGUGAAGUGUAUAAAGGGAUCGACAACCGCACCAAGGAGGUGGUGGCCAUCAAGAUCAUUGACCUGGAGGAGGCUGAGGAUGAGNNUGAGGACAUUCAGCAGGAGAUCACAGUGCUCAGCCAGUGUGAUAGCCCCUACAUCACCCGGUACUAUGGCUCCUACUUGAAGGGCACUAAGCUGUGGAUAAUCAUGGAGUACCUAGGAGGAGGUUCAGCACUGGAUUUGCUAAAGCCAGGACCCCUGGAGGAGACUUACAUAGCUACUAUCCUGAGAGAAAUUCUAAAGGGUUUGGAUUAUCUUCACUCUGAGAGGAAGAUCCACAGGGACAUCAAAGCUGCCAACGUGCUGCUUUCGGAGCAAGGAGAUGUGAAACUGGCUGACUUUGGGGUGGCUGGGCAGUUGACAGACACGCAAAUCAAGAGAAACACCUUUGUUGGGACCCCAUUCUGGAUGGCACCAGAGGUCAUCAAACAGUCUGCUUAUGACUUCAAGGCAGACAUCUGGUCCCUUGGAAUUACAGCCAUUGAACUAGCAAAGGGAGAGCCUCCAAAUUCUGACUUACAUCCUAUGAGAGUUCUCUUCCUGAUUCCCAAAAACAACCCUCCAACACUGGAGGGUCACCACAGCAAGCCCUUCAAGGAGUUUGUGGAAGCCUGCCUCAAUAAGGAUCCUAGAUUUAGGCCGACAGCUAAAGAGUUGCUCAAGCACAAGUUCAUCACACGCUACACCAAGAAAACCUCAUUCCUGAUGGAGCUGAUCGACCGGUUCAAGCGCUGGAAGUCAGAGGGUCACGGAGAGGAUUCCAGUUCUGGUGACUCCGAUAUUGAUGGAGACACAGAAGAUGGAGACCAGGGUCCAAUCUGGACAUUCCCCCCAACUAUUCGCCCCAACUCCUUGAGCAAGCUGCACAAAGGAAUGGCUCUUCAUGGCUCCCAGAAGCCUACUGAGCCCAUCAAGAGGCAACCACGGUCACAGUGUCUCUCCACCCUUGUUCACCCAGUUUUUGGAGAGCUUAAAGAUAAGCACAAGCAGACUGGAGGCAACGUGGGAGCUAUGGAGGAGCUGGAAAAUGCCUUCAGCCUGGCUGAGGAGUCCUGCCCAGGCAUCUCUGACAAACUGAUAGCACACAUGGUGGAGAGGGUACAAAGGUUUUCACACAGUCGGAACCACCUGAGCUCUGCCCGCUGACACCUCUGCCCCCUGCUGCUGGUUUGAGGGGGGAAGGAUUUUUUCCCAGCUUCAUAAGAACUACAUCUCUAAUCCAGACCCACCCUCUGCUGUUGGAUGUAACCUUGUGUUACGGACUCCAGGACAUUUCAGAGCCCUCAUAUUACACACCCUUUCCAUGAUAACCCAGGGUGGGGUUUGCAAUGCAAGUACAAUUUAGACCUUUUGCAGAACCCGAGAGGGGUGGUCUAAUUGUUUUUACAAUGUAAUCAAUGCAGUUUUUAAUUGUUUCCCUAUGGAUGUAUCCAUUUUGGCUUGGUUUGAUUCACUGCUUGUUAUUGGUCAAUGCCUGGCUGC